AUGCUUCCUAGUCCUGUAACGUCAACACCCUUCUCGGUUAAGGACAUUCUGAAGUUGGAGCAACAGCAGUCGCAUCACGUUUUCCAUCAACACGGAAUUUUAUUCCCAGAUCAAGAUGCAGGGCCCAUACCAUCACCACAGUGUCUGCAUUCGGCACUGGGAAGUCUCGACAUGCUGUUCAGCCCGGAGAAGCAGUCUUGCGCGGAAGGAGGGCUGAUAAAAUGCCAUAUAAACACUGAGGACUUUGACAUCCUGAGAGAUUCCUGUGGGUCCCCGACAGAGGAAGAGACGGAUCCAAGCGAAGACGCAGGCACAUGUGGUCAUGACGAUGCGCUGGGGUGUAGUGUCCAAAAGAAGGACGCCUGCUCGGAGAGAAGUACACAGAGGCAGCGCAGGAAACCGCGGGUCCUUUUUUCACAGGCCCAAGUGUUCGAGCUGGAGCGACGUUUCAAACAGCAGCGGUACCUCUCCGCGCCCGAGCGCGACCACCUCGCCAGCCUUCUGAAACUCACCUCCACUCAGGUGAAAAUCUGGUUUCAGAACAGGCGGUAUAAGUGCAAGCGACAGAGACAGGACAAGUCGCUGGAACUAGCCGGACACCCGCCUCCACCGCGAAGGGUAGCAGUUCCUGUUUUGGUGCGUGAUGGGAAACCCUGCCUGGCAGGAUCCCAGGCGUAUCCGGGUCCAUACAAUGUCACGGUUGGCACAUACCCUUACAACACUUACUACAGCGGCUAUAGUAACAACCCGUACAAUUGUAACUACACAAGCGUGCCCCCUGUGCCCAAUGCCACGCAAAACAGUCACAUAGUAAACCUCACCGUGGGCAGCGCAGAGGGGCCCUUGAGCCAACAGGGACACUUUCAGGCCACCCUACAGGGAAUUAGAGCAUGGUGA